GAUGUUCCGCGGAGGGUCCCGGUGCUAGCUACACCCCCUCUACCGGCUUUUGAAGGUAGGUUGUUUCCAUCAGCAUCAUUGGGUUUGCCUUACUCUGUUCGGGAGCCCUCAACUUCUGAACUUACAAGAGAGAGUAACC